UCUGUGUUCGCAGGUCUGAGGGAGAGAGGAUCCUGAAUUUUGGCAGGGCGUUCUCUCCUGCACCACUGAUUGGGUCACACCUUUAUUAAAGCUUUCUGUCCCUUUUUGGCUUUGUUUUUUUUUGGGGGGGGGCGGGGGUGUGGUUCCACCUCAUUCAGCCACCCUGGGCCAGGACGUGGAGCUGUGGCCUACCAAGGGCAGGAGAUGGAGGUAGCGCUGGUCAAUUUCGAGAGUUUGGAUGACGUCAACGUCAACAUGGGCGACCCAGAUGACCCCGACGAUCCCAACAAGAUGACCUCCCUAGCCAUGGACACGCCAAGCCAUGGCCUCGGCAAAAACCACCUCCUCGACCUGCAGGAGCUCCCCUCUCACAAGGGGAGGAAGGGGUCGCAGCAGCACGGCCAGACUCCGCCGUCACCCACCAUUCCUUCUCUGGCCAGGAGGGGGCGCCCCAGCUGCGCUAGCCUGAUCUCCAACUGGAAGCUCUUGCUGAACAGCGAGGGGACACAGAGCGAAAGCAUUUACAGCAAGCUGGCUAAGGACUGCUCUGAUGACCUGUUUACGGACAAGCGGGGCUUGGACGAGGGGGACCAGAAGGUGAUCAUCAACAUAGCCGGCCUUCGCUUUGAGACCCAGCUCAAGACCCUAGACCAGUUCCCUGAGACCCUGCUGGGGGACCCCACCAAACGAAUGGACUACUUCGACCCCAUGAGAAAUGAAUACUUCUUUGACCGCAACAGGCCAAGUUUCGAUGGGAUUUUGUACUACUACCAGUCUGGAGGGAAGGUCCGCAGGCCCGCUAAUGUACCCUUGGAUGUUUUCGCCGACGAAAUCAUUUUCUACGAGCUUGGCAACGAGGCCAUGGAGCAGUUCCGUGAGGACGAGGGCUUCAUAAAAGAAGCGGAGGUGCCCUUGCCCACCAGUGACCUUCACCGGCAGUUCUGGCUCCUGUUCGAGUAUCCGGAGAGCUCAAAUGCCGCACGCGGCGUGGCACUGGUGUCGGUGUUUGUCAUCGUUAUCUCCAUCAUAAUCUUCUGCCUGGAGACUCUGCCAGAGUUCCGAGAGGACAUCCUCUCGCCUGUUGUCCACCACCUCAACCAAUCCCAGGAGGGUUACACAUCCCUAUCUCCUCCCAGCACCGCCCCCAAAUCCAUAGCCACCACUUUCUCUGACCCCUUCUUCAUCAUCGAGUCGGCCUGCAUCUUCUGGUUCUUCUUCGAACUCUGCGUUCGCUUCACGGUGUGCCCAAGCAAGCGGGAGUUCUUCAACAACAUCAUGAACAUCAUCGACAUCAUCUCCAUCAUCCCUUACUUUGUCACUUUAGUAACGGAGCUGGUGACAAAGCCGGACGCCAACUCCAGCCAGAACAUGUCGCUGGCCAUCCUGCGCAUCAUCCGCUUGGUGCGCGUCUUCCGGAUCUUCAAGCUGUCCCGGCACUCCAAAGGGCUUCAGAUCCUGGGCCAGACCCUGAAGGCCAGCAUGCGGGAACUGGGGCUGCUCAUCUUCUUCCUCUUCAUCGGAGUCAUCCUCUUCUCUAGCGCCAUCUACUUUGCUGAGGUAGAUGAGCCCCUAACGCAGUUUGUCAGCAUCCCCGAUGGUUUCUGGUGGGCGGUGGUGACCAUGACGACCGUGGGCUACGGUGACAUGUGCCCCAUCACCAUGGCGGGCAAGAUAGUGGGCACACUGUGCGCCAUUGCCGGCGUGCUGACCAUCGCCCUGCCCGUGCCCGUCAUCGUCUCCAACUUCAACUACUUCUACCACCGCGAGACGGAGGGCGAGGACAAACAACCCACAGCCGACGCGCUGGACGCGAACCUCAAAUCAGGUGCCGCCGCCAAGCUGGGUAGCACCACUUCCCUCAACAAAGCUAAUGGCAGCUGGCAGAACGAGAAAUCCAAAAAUGCGGGGUUGUGAACUGAAGCAAGCUGGGAUGCAUUCAACAAGGAUAGCAUUUAUGUAAUUAAAGUAUAUGUGGUUUUGUCAAUUUUUACCUCAGAAAUCAAUCUGGUUGAACACUUGAACAUGCAAGACAGUCCAUCAAUAAGUUUUAAAAUACAUGUACCUUUGCCUCAUUUCAGA